AUGGCAUCGAUUAGUCCCAACCAGAUUCUGUGGCUUUUUGUCACCGGACUUACAUUCUCUUGCGCCUCCCUAGCACAGCGCGGCCAUGUCUUGCAUGGAGAACGCCGCACUUUGCCCUCCGGAUGGCACAAAGGCGAUCGCCUGGAAACGGGCAUCAUUCAUUCUGUCCGGAUUGCACUUGCACAGAACGGGUUGGAGAAAGGCGAAGAGCUCCUAAUGGCCGUGUCAGACCCAGACUCGCCACGUUACGGCCAGCACUGGACACAAGAAGAAGUCCAUAGCUUCUUUAGCCCAAGCGACGAAUCCGUUACGACGGUCCAGCAGUGGCUCGAAGAAUCCCUUCCCGCUGCCGAUCUUGCACACCCCAUCACGCAGUCGAGAAACAAAGGCUGGAUCGAAUUCUCAGCAACAAUACAGCAAUUGGAAAACUUACUCGGGACCGAAUUCCACAACUAUCAUCAUGAUUCCGGGCGUAAGGUAGUAGCGACAGAAGCAUACUACGUGCCCGCAAGCAUUGUAGAACAUGUCGAUUUCAUAUGGCCUGGAAUCCUCCUGUCUCACCAAAUGGAAGAAGAUGCGGCCGGAAACACCUUGUUGCAAAAAAGAGGCAUUCCCGCCGCGCAUCCAGUCAAGCAACAAGGUGCCCCAGUACCACUUCAACUGCAAUCAAAUCUCGAAAGUAGUAGUACCGUAGCAUGCAGCAACAACCACACCGCAUUAGAACCAGCGUGUAUUCGAGAACUCUACGGUGUCCCGCAAGGUCCUGCGCUGUCGAAUCCCAACUAUACACACGCCAUCUACAACAGUGGAAAUGAAAAGUACAAGCAACAAGAUCUCGACGUCUUUUGGUCGGCUUUUGCGCCCGAAGUGCCAAAGGGCACUGUGCCCCAUCAAAUUCUCAUCGACGGUGCAGCCGACACACGGACUAACCAAACAUCUUCCGGUGAACUCCAAGUCGAUCUCGCCCUGACUGUGCCGCUGGUAGCUCCAAACACAGUCACGAUUAUCAGUCCCGAUGAUGCCGUUGUCCAGGGUGAUCCGACCUUGACGGGCAGCCUCAAUGGUAUGCUGGAAGCUUUUGACGAGUCGUACUGCACGUAUAGCGCUUACAACGUCACUGGACCUCAACCAGGCGUUGAUGGGCAAUACCCGAAUCCAGCUCCAGGCGGAUACAAGGGCGAGAGGCAAUGUGGAGGCGUGAAGCCGCCAGAUGUGCUUGUUAGCGCUUGGGGAGGAACAGAAGAUACCUAUCCCAUUUCUUAUCUACGCAGACAAUGCAACGAAUUCAUGAAACUCGCACUGCAAGGCACAACUGUCCUUGCCGCAACCGGCGAUCGCGGCAUCGCUGGUAUCCUCCCCCAAUGCUGGGGUCCCAACAAGGAUCGCUGGACCGUCGUCGCACCAGCAAAUUGUCCGUAUGUAACCGCCGUUGGCGCAACAAUGCUCAAAGACGGCCUCGAUAUUCGGAAGCCCAACGGCGAAAACCCAGAGCAAGGCUUUCACUGGAGCGGCGGUGGGGUUUCCGCCAUCCAUCCACGCCCAGAGUGGCAGAAUGAUGUCGUUAGUAAUUACCUCCAAACGGCAUCAAUCAACGCGCCCGGCUUCACAGGGUUAGCACCGCUGGUUGCGAACACGACUUCACUCCCCGACAUCCUCCCUGAUUUCGGUAAAAACGGUAUCCGCAGCCUGUCUGGACGCGCGGUUCCUGACAUUUCCGCCAUCGGUACUCUUUCAUCCAACUUUCUCAUCGACAAAGGACUCGUCUGGCAAGCAGGCGGGACCUCUGUGUCUGUACAAUACGUUGGCGCACUCAUCACGCGCAUUAAUCUCGAGCGGUUAGCUGUGGGCAAACCGGUCGUGGGGUUCAUCAAUCCUGUGCUGUAUAAAUAUGCAGAUCGGAUUGUUCGAGAUAUUACCCAAGGGGAGAGCAACAAAAAUUGUAAUGCUACUGGCUAUCCGACGACUGUUGGAUGGGAUGCUGUUACUGGUCUUGGGGUAUUGAAGUACAAGGAGGCUCUUGAACUUUGGCUUAGUAUCUAG